AUGGAGCCCCCGGUGCAGAUCUUCCGCGAGGACCCGGUCCCCACUUGUGCGGACAGUGCCUGUCUGCGCCCCAACAGCAGCGGCUGGUUCCCGGGGUGGUCCGAGCCAGCCGGCCCUGGAAAUGGCAGCUCGGCGGGCACCACGGAGGAGCCCGCGCAAAUCUCUCCGAUCAUCCCCAUCAUCAUCACGGCCGUCUACUCCGUGGUCUUCGUGGUGGGCUUGGUGGGCAACUCGCUGGUCAUGUUCGUGAUCAUUCGAUACACAAAAAUGAAAACAGCAACCAACAUUUACAUCUUUAACUUGGCUCUGGCAGAUGCCUUAGUGAUGACAACCAUGCCCUUCCAGAGUACGGUCUACCUGAUGAACUCUUGGCCAUUUGGGGAUGUGCUAUGCAAGAUUGUCAUCUCCAUUGAUUACUACAACAUGUUUACCAGCAUCUUCACUUUGACCAUGAUGAGUGUUGACCGCUAUAUCGCUGUGUGCCACCCUGUCAAGGCAUUAGAUUUUCGCACACCCCUGAAGGCAAAGGUCAUCAACAUCUGCAUUUGGCUCCUGUCAUCAUCUGUUGGUAUAUCUGCAAUAGUCCUUGGAGGCACCAAAGUCAGGGAAGAUGUGGACGUCAUCGAGUGCUCCUUACAGUUCCCGGAUGAUGACUAUUCCUGGUGGGACCUCUUCAUGAAGAUCUGCGUCUUCAUCUUUGCGUUUGUGAUCCCUGUGCUCAUCAUCAUCGUCUGCUACACGCUGAUGAUCCUGCGCCUGAAGAGCGUGCGGCUCCUCUCGGGCUCCCGCGAAAAGGACCGCAACCUCCGAAGGAUCACCCGGCUGGUCCUGGUGGUGGUGGCUGUCUUUGUGGUGUGUUGGACGCCCAUUCACAUCUUUAUUCUGGUGGAGGCUCUGGGGAGCACCUCCCACAGCACCGCGGCCCUCGCCAGCUACUACUUUUGCAUCGCCUUGGGCUAUACCAACAGCAGCCUCAACCCCAUCCUCUACGCUUUCCUUGAUGAAAACUUCAAACGCUGUUUCCGAGAUUUCUGCUUUCCCCUUAAGGUGAGGAUGGAGCGCCAGAGCACGAGUCGAGUCAGAAAUACAAUCCAAGACCCUGCUUACAUGCAAGAUGUGGGGAGGAUAAACAAGCCAGUAUGACUAGUCGUGGAGAUGUCGUCUUACAAUUCUGUAGACAGGGAUGAGUUCAAUGAUCUUGGUUCAACUCAGAUUACAACCACCAUCUAAGGCAUCGGAUAGAGCACGUUUUAAACACACUCUCGGAAAUCGUGUGGUCUGAAUCAUGUGCCCAGAUCAGUGGAAGCAGAAGGCCGGAGGGGCUGAAACAAAAGAUAGAUGAAGCCAAAGUUAGAAAAGGAAGCCUGGCUUCUAUUUUCUGAAUGAGCAAAGAAACAAACCUCGUUGCUCUAGUUACCUAAUUCUAGCUCAGCAUCCCUCUGCUGCCGCCUUCAUGUGCAACAUGGUUUCCAAAACUAUGUUUAGAACAACAAGAAAAUGUUGAUUUCAGAACCUAGUAGACAUCCAGCUAAGAUGGUUAGCAUUAACUACAGCACCUACAGAAAGAGUGAUGAUAAUUUCUGAACUCCUCACGAGCUUUGUGCUCUGUGGGCUAGCAUUACAUGUGGCGGUGUGUGGAAAAUUCUGGCUGAUGUGUGCCUCAGACACCCAUCUGAUGUCUCUGAUCUUCCUGUGUAAUAGAAUAGCAUCUUGUUAUUCAUGAAAGUAUUUAAGCAUGCUAAAGGUGGUUUCUAGCAUAGUUUACCCUUUUUGCUUAUUACUGAUGUAUGUGUAUCAUGUUAUUCUCAUCAGUAAUCUCAUGAUAAAGCAUGUACUAUUGUCAAAUGACAACGUGGUUUAAAUAGGAUAGUAAUUAUCUCUAGUUUAUUCUGUAAAUGUAGUAUAUGUGCAAAUAAAAAUGGACUUUUAUUUAGCCAGGCCACUUCCUAGGUUCUGCUAAAGAUCUUCCUGAGAUAUUUAGAGCUGAGGUGUAAUGUUUUCCACUCCCAUCAGCUGUUCCCUGGGACCUGAUCAUCCUUAGUGCUUUACCAGUGUGUGUCGCUCUUGUGCUCAUGUGUUCAACUCACUUUGAGGCUUCAACUCUAGACAGAAUCUAGUUUACUUGUAGCAUCUCUUUAUGAAUAUGGGGCUAUUUGUAGAUCUUAGGAUAUUAUUCAGUUGCUUUCAGCACAAAGUAAAAUUGUUCAUAAGUGCAGGCAGAGUGAUGACAUUAUAUCUUUUACUUUGCAAGGACAUACCUUGACCUUGUGUUCUGCAAAGACUACACCUGCUGAGGAUAAUUCCACAAACAGCACAUUUAGCGUAAUUUUGUUAAAAUCCCAGAUGACAUAUAAAUCCUUGCCCCCCCUCUAUUUCUCUUGAAACUUAUGGUUUCAGAGUUAAUGGCUUUUUUUGAUAAUUUGGCUCAGCAGAAGAAAGGGAUAAUUUAGAAAUAAACCCAUCCCUUCUUAAAUUCUCUGUUAUGUGGGUACCACUCUCUAGAACCUAACAGGAAAAUCAAAUGUACAGACCUUUGUAGUUCUACAUCGUAAUAUCUGUUCAGUUUUGUUCACUCGUGCUUUCUCUCUCAUGCAAAUACUAUUUUUUGAAAACAAAACCUUGCACCAGGGUUUUUUACAUAUGCUUUCAGAAGUUUACAUUGAUCAUUUAUUAGAUUUUUCUGGCAUGUAACAUAAAUGACAACAGGUCAGAUGGCAAGGCUUUUCCUGAUUGAAAUGACAGGCUCUUUGGGCAUUUCUAAAAUUUCAUUAAAAUUCUUAGAUGUCAUUAGAUUCAUUGAAUUAAAUAUAAAUAGAAUAUAUUUAAAUAUUUCUCAAUGUUAACGUCAUGGUUAAAAAUCCCAAGGAACAUAUGAAAGGAAAUCUGUAUCUUGGGAGAGUAGUACUAGCAUUAAACUCUAUUGAAAUCUUUGUGAAGCAACAAAGCCCAGAAGAUUUUCUGGGUGGAUUCUAAUGCAAAACAAAAAUUUAUCACCGAUGCAAUCAUGGAGUUAAAUUAUAGUGAUGUGUUCUCUGUACUACUCUACAAGACUUCCUAGGAUUAAUUGCCAUUAUUGGAGUCUGACCUUUUACUUUAUCAUCUUGGAUUUAUCCUCAUGUAAACUUUUAGCCAAAGAAAAGAGAGGAGGAGUCCAUGAGUGCUAAUGAGAGAUAGUUAAGCUUCUUUGUUACUAUUACUACCUGUUCCCCAAAACAUAAACAAGGAGAUGAGAUGUAUCUAUUUUUUAUAUAACUGCAUUAGGGAAAAAGAGAUCAAACAUAAGAAUGAUUGUAAAGAUGGCACAGGACCAGGCAGUGUUAGCUCUAUUGUACAUGGGUUGUUAUGAGAUGGAACUGAUUCAAUGGUACCUAACAACAACAAUGUUAGGGAACAUGGUGAAUGGAAUAUACUGAAUGCGGUAGACCUCAUUGCGUGAAAUACAGAGUGGAAUAAGAUAAUGGAAAAAAGAUAUUAAUAGUCAGAAAAAGGACAAGGCUGAUUAUGGUAUCAACCGUCAAUUGCUCAAGUUUAAGGUGAAAAAAUUAAAACAAGUCCAGGAAAAGCAAAGACUAACCUUAAGUAUAUCCCAUCUGAGUUAGAGUCUAUCAGAAGACUACAUUUGCAUACUGAACAGCAAUGACUUUAGAUCAGAUGAAUUGUGAUAUGACAACAAGGAUAUCACACAUGGAGAAAGCAGAAGGUCGUUAAAAAGACAGGAAAGGAAAGAUUGAAAAAUAGAUGCCAGAAGAGACUCUGGAAACUUGCUUCUGACCAUAGAGGAGCUAAUGUGAACGGAAAAAAUAAGAAAUUUGCUGAACAGAAGAUUUAAAAGCGUGGCUCAAGAAAGUAAUGUAUAUAAAAAAAGAAGGUAAUGUAUAAUGAAAUGUGUAGGA